GUUCACUUAACAAAACAAGAACCAAAAAAAAUGGAUGAGAAAGAUAUUCUAAGGAACUUGAGGGAAGAAGAAGAAGAAGAAGAAGAAAAUCAAAGCGAAGAAACCAAAAUUUUGAUCUCUUCACUUCCUUGGGAGAUAGAUUACCUUGGGAACAAGCUUUUCAAGUACCAAGGAUAUUGGUACUACGAAGACGUUCUCCAAUCAAUCCCCAAUAUACACUCGAGUUUUCAGCCACAAGAAACCGAUAUAGUUGUUGCUUCUUUCUACAAAUCGGGCACGACUUGGCUCAAAGCACUCACAUUUGCACUCGUUCAACGAUCAAAACACUCGUUAGAAGAUCAUCAUCAUCCUCUGCUAUCUCAUAACCCUCAUGAGAUAGUACCGUACCUCGAGCUAGAUCUGUAUCUCAACAGCUCAAAACCGGACUUGACCAAGUUCUUAUCAUCAUCAUCAUCAUCAUCAUCUCCGAGAUUGUUCUCAACUCAUAUGUCCUUGGACGCGCUUAAACUACCCUUGAAGAAGUCUCCUUGCAAGGUAGUGUACGUGUGCAGGAACGUGAAAGACGUGUUGGUGUCACUUUGGUGUUUCCUCAAUGCCAACAAGGGAGUAGAAUGGGGAGAUUUUAGCCAAAAUGAAAAGAUCAUUCGAGCGGAGAAUUAUUCUUUCAAGGCUAUAUUUGAGUCAUUCUGCAACGGAGUUACCCUACACGGUCCCUUUUGGGACCAUGCACAGAGCUAUUGGCGAGGCAGCUUGGAAGAUCCUAAGCAUUUUCUUUUCAUGAGGUACGAGGAGUUGAAAGCGGAGCCUCGUACUCAGGUCAAGAGACUUGCAGAGUUCUUGGAUUGUCCAUUCACUAAGGAAGAGGAAGAUAGCGGAACUGUAGACAAGAUCUUGGAACUUUGCUCUCUAAGUAAUUUAAGCAGUUUGGAGAUCAACAAAACUGGAUCCUUGGGUGGAGUAGAUUACAAGACUUAUUUCCGUAAAGGACAAGUUGGUGACUGGAAGAGUUAUAUGACCUCUGAAAUGGUAAAUAAAAUCGAUAUGAUCGUCGAGGAGAAACUCAAAGGUUCCGGUUUGAAAUUCUAGAAUUAUGCGUGUGCUUUGUGAAGAACUGCAGAAAAAGUGUUCUUGAAUGCGUUAUUUAAUAAUAAAAGUUACAUUGUCAUAUAUAUAACUUUGAUGUAUCAUUACAACUGAUGUGUGGUUUUUGUUCUCUUUGAUGUUGCAAUAAAAACCUUCUUUACUUCUAUGUUCCUUUAAUAACUAGCGUGUGAUCUCAUG